CCUCUGGCAAACAAAUACAUUCGUUUCUACGAGUGUGUGUGUGUGUGUGCAUACCUGCGUCAGACCGUGCCUACCAGUGUGUUCUUUUCUAUCGUAAAAGUAAAGCAAAACUAGCAAAAUGGCUGCAGCAAAUAACAAGGAGAACUUGAAUCGGUUGCACGUGAAAAAGCGGACAGUGCCUUCAAACGAGGCAGCCACAAAACGCGUCGCGCUCUGCGACCAACAGAAUCGGGGAUUAGCUGCUGAAAUGACCAUCAGAGAGGUGCAAGAUGUACGCCUGUGUGGCAACAAGCUGCGCCGCAUGGACAGCAACAAUGUGGCACCAGCUGCUGUUGCAGCGGGAGUUGCAGUCAAGAUAGAGGUGUUGUUGCCUCGCGCACAGCUGAGCAAGGAAACUGUUGACUUGACCAGGCUGCCAAAGUGGCACAACGUGCCACAGGCAGCAACCCUAUCGAGUCGUCGUGUGGCUGAUGUGGCAGACAUUGAUGCGGCUGAGAUUUACGACUAUAUGUACGAGGUGGAGCAACAGCAGCCCAUCUGCCCGGCUCACUUGAAGGAUCAGUCGGAGGUGACGCAUGAGAUGCGUGCCACUCUCAUCGAUUGGAUCAACGAGAUGCAUUUGCAACUCCAGUUGCAGGCGGAGAGCUUCCACUUGGCCGUCGCCAUUAUCGAUCGCUAUCUGCAGCUGGUGAAGGACACCAAACGCACCAAACUGCAACUGGUCGGCGUCUCGGCGCUGUUGAUAGCCACCAAAUACGAGGAGCGGCUGCCGCCGGCCAUCUGUGUCCUUGUCCACAUUACGGCUGACACGUACACGGUCCACGAGAUCCGGCAAAUGGAGCUGCACAUACUAAAGACGAUUGAUGGCAAUCUGUCGCGUCCAUCGCCCAACUAUUUCCUGAGGCGCUACACGCAGGCAGCCAACACCGAUGUGCAGCAUCGUGUCAUGUCCGAGUACUUCGUGGAGCUGGCCAGUCUCGACUACAAACUGGCCAGCUGUAAGCCCUCCGAGAUAGCGGCUGCUUCGCUGUUGCUAUCGCUGCACCUGCUCAAUGGCAAUCCUCGUGCGCCGACGGGCUUGACGGCCAGCCACUGGACACCGACGCUGGUGCACCACUCCAGAUACACCGCUGACCAUUUGAGGACGAUAACGCGACAGAUUGCCAAAGUGGCCAGCGAUGCGCCCACUGCCCAACUGAGGGCCAUGUUCAACAAGUAUCAGUCGAACGACUACCAGCGGAUCGCACUGCGCACGGAGCUGCGUGGUCCGCUCAUGGACUCGAUUGUGGGCCAGCUGGAGAAUACCUAAGUAGAAUAUCUAAAGAGAGGACUGUAAUUUGAAGUUUUGUUUCUUUUUAUCGUUGAAUAUCUUCGACUGUAUAUGGCAUAUAUAAUAUAUAUUUAUGUAUCUGUGUCUUCCUCUUUUCCUUGCCUCUUUAAGUUACUACU